UCGCCGCCCACUGCGCUACAUUUUCAGUUGGCCCGCUCUCUGGUUUUUCGAAAACAUUUCUUCUAUUCUAUUCGCAUAUACAUAUACCUAUAAGUAUAUAAGUAUAUAUUUCGUAUUCGCUGAGAGCUGAAAUUCGCGGCGAAAUAAUUUUAGCAACUUGUUAUCCGUCCAUGCCAUGCGCGAUAAAAUAUCACAACUAUUUUGCUUGCAAAAGAACGCAUGCAAAAAUAAUUCAACAGAUAAUAACAGAGGACAUAAUGUGCCAACAAAAGCAACGACCAACGGGACCAUGUGCGCCAAUGGGUCUCUUGGGACAGAAGGGCCCGAAGCGCCAGAGACCGACGCAUCAGGGACCGGGAGGAUGCGGAAGCCGCUGGAGAGGAAUGGCUCAACGCAGAACCACGUUGUUCACCUCGAGAGAAGGCUGGGCCUCUUCAGUGGGGUGGCUUUAAUUGUUGGAACGAUGAUAGGGUCUGGAAUUUUUGUGUCACCCUCCGGUUUACUGGUUCGCACUGGUUCCGUUGGAGUUAGCUUUAUAAUCUGGCUUGCCUGUGGUGUGCUCUCCCUGCUGGGCGCUCUGGCAUACGCUGAACUUGGCACGAUGAACACGUCGUCGGGGGCGGAAUGGGCCUACUUUAUGGACGCCUAUGGACCGGCGCCGGCGUUUCUGUUCUCAUGGGUAUCGACUUUGGUGUUGAAGCCAUCUCAAAUGGCUAUAAUAUGCUUAUCAUUUGCACAGUACGCCGUUGAGGCCUUUGUGACGGAAUGCGAUCCGCCCAGGGGCGUGGUCAAGAUGGUCGCCCUGGUGGCAAUUGUGAUGAUCCUGUUCGUGAACUGCUACAGCGUCAACCUGGGCAUGGCCGUCCAGAACGUGUUCACCGCCGCCAAACUGGUGGCCGUGGUGGUCGUGAUCUGCGGCGGAGCCUGGAAACUGAUGCAGGGCAACACGCAGCACCUGUCGAAUGCAUUUAACGGCCCGAUGCCGAAUGUCGGGGCCAUCGCCACGGCCUUCUACACGGGCCUGUGGGCCUACGAUGGCUGGAACAACCUGAACUACGUAACGGAGGAGAUCAAGAACCCGAGCAAGAACCUGCCGCGCUCGAUCAUCAUCGGCAUACCGCUGGUGACGCUCUGCUAUGCGCUGAUCAACAUCUCCUACCUGGCGGCCAUGUCGCCGCAGGAGAUGAUCGAGUCGGAGGCGGUGGCCGUCACCUUCGGCAACCGCAUCCUGGGGGCUUUGGCCUGGCUGAUGCCCCUCAGCGUCACCAUCAGCACCUUUGGCAGCGCCAAUGGCACGCUCUUCGCAGCUGGCCGCCUGUGCUUUGCGGCCAGUCGAGAGGGUCACCUGCUGGACAUUCUCUCAUAUGUCCAUGUGCGCCGUCUAACACCUGCUCCGGGGCUGAUAUUCCACUCGCUGAUUGCCUCUGCAAUGGUGCUGCAUGGCACGAUUGAUUCGCUGAUUGAUUUCUUCAGCUUCACCGCCUGGAUAUUCUACGGCGGAGCGAUGCUGGCCCUGAUCGUGAUGCGCUACACCAAGCCCAACCAUCCGCGGCCCUACAAGGUGCCGAUCAUCAUUCCCGUUGUGGUCUUGGUCAUCUCCGUGUAUCUCGUGGCGGCACCCAUUUUCGAGACCCCGCGCGUUGAGUACCUCUACGCCCUGCUCUUCAUCUUCGCGGGCCUGAUCUUCUACGUGCCGUUCGUCAAGCUCGGGAUGACGCCGAGGUUCAUGAACAAGGUGACGCUAUUCUUCCAGCUGCUGUUGGAGGUGGUGCCCACCUCUUCGAUGGCCAUGUUCGAGUGAAGAAUCCCCCGAAAAGUGCUCAAGUUACGGGUAUUGGGGUCACCAAUCUCGGAAGAGAGAAGGAGAGAAGCAAAUACAUUCACUUAAUUACUAUACAAACGAGGAUAUAUGAGGAGUGAAGCAGACAAGCUACAAGGAUGGGAAGUUAGACGAUGUUUAAGAGUGGAACGUUAAGAGCAACCUAUAUUGAUAUACUGACGUUGUCGUUGACAAAGUAGUGCUAGAGAAACAGAAACAGAAAACUA